AUGAGUGGCCAAGCAGAGUACCAAGGUCUUACACUAUCUGACAUUGAGCAAAUCGACCGGUACAGCCGGUCAGACGUGGAUCUCAGCCAGAUGAUCUGGUGCAUGCAACAGACUGGCUACCACCGAUGGGGCUUCGUCGUCUACCGAUGCACCUAUUCGGAUGACGACGCCUGGGCCCGCUACGUCGAGCGCAUGAAGCAGGCCGCCGUCGACGAUCUCUCCCGCUACGGCCGCGACCUCCUCCUGGCCAAGUACGUCGACUGGACGAUCGUCGAGGACCGAGACGCCCUCGACGGCGCCUCCAAGGCCGACGUGCGAGCCCGCUUCUCCGAGUGGGCUGAGCCUCAUCUCCCCGACGAAGAUGGGCGCGGCCCCGGCGCCUGGCGCGCCAACGCUCUCGCCACCGUCUGGAGGUGCCCGCCGACCUUCAGGUUCUGCCUCUUCGUCGACCAAGAGUGCCUAGACACCCUCAAGGCCUACGAGGAAUGGGCCCAAGCCGGGGCCCAGGGCCGGGCGCCGUAUGUCGCCUGCAUCAUCAUCGACUCCGACGGCGAACCCGAAGGGGAGGGCCCGGAUGGAUAUCCUGCCGUCGACGGCUGCACCAGGUACGACCCCGGCUGGAUGUACACCAGUGUUGGGGCUCUGGCCAGUCUGUACGAUCACCUGUGCCUUGAAGAGUUGACCGAUGGGUACAAGCAGUAUGCGAGGCCUCCGCUACUAUAUCCUGCUCACCAGCGCGGUAUCAGCAUGCCCACGCUUCAGGAGCUCUAA